AUGAUGCUGCUGCAGCCGCUGUGGUCUGUCCUCCGGGGACACGCCUCCAUCCUGCACUCACCUGUCUUCCCCGCCCUCUUCUCUCUGUCCGUCUACCUGUCUUUCUGUCUUCCCUUCCUGCUGCUGGACCUGUUGUCCCCCCGCUGGGCCCUGGUGCGCAGCUACAAGCUGCAGCCGGAGAGCCCGGUCAGCUGGGCCUCAGCGCGGAGCUGCUUGGCGCUCACGCUCUAUAACCACCUGGUUUUUAUUUUGCCGCUCACCGUGCUGCACUCAUACCUGAGGCCCCUCCCACUGCCCGAGGAGGCCCCGCCCUUCCUCCGGCUGGUGGCUCAGGUGUUUGUCUGUCUGCUGCUCUUCGACUUCCAGAGCUUCACGUGGCACCUGCUGCAUCACAAGGUCACCUGGUUGUACCGCAACUUCCACAAGGUGCACCACACCUUCAGCUCCACUUCGGCCCUCACCGCAGAGUUCUCCGGCGCCUGGGAGACUCUGAGUCUCGGCGUCUUCGCCGCUGCCACGCCGGCGCUGCUGGGCUGCCACCCGCUCACCGAGCUGGUGUUCUUCCUGGUGAACAUGUGGCUGUCGGUGGAGGACCACUGCGGCUACGACCUGCCCUGGGCCACGCACCGCCUGGUGCCGCUGGGGCUGUACGGCGGCGCUCGCCACCACGACCUCCACCACCUCAAAUCCCAGUGCAACUACGCCCCCUACUUCACCCACUGGGAUCGUCUGGCAGGGACGCUGUGCACGGGAGACUGACGCACGCCUGAGGAAGAUGAACUGAGGAAGAUGAACUGAGGAAGAUGAACUGAGGAAGAUGAACUGAGGAAGAUGAACUAAGGAAGAUGAACUGAGGAAGAUGAACUGAGGAAGAUGAACUGAGGAAGAUGAACUGAGGAAGAUGAACUGAUGAAGAUGAACUGAGGAAGAUGAACUGAGGAAGAUGAACUGAGGAAGAUGAACUGAGGAAGAUGAACUGAUGAAGAUGAACUAAGGAAGAUGAACUGAGGAAGAUGAACUGAUGAAGAUGAACUGAUGAAGAUGAACUGAGGAAGACGUGGGUCAACGCCUUGACCUGAAGUUUUUUUUAUCAAUGUUUAAAAACAGAAUCUGAAGUCUCUGUUUUUGAACUUCCAAACUUUUAAUGUGAAUUCUUUAAUAAUAUUUUGUAUGUGACAGAUAAUAGUUCAUGUUGAACAAAUGUAUUUUAUGUUUUGACUGAGAUUCUUAGUUUUUAUAAAAAUAUUUAUUGAUUUGAAUAUUUAUUAUGUUUUUAACACACGAAGGUUCGAAUUUUGAUGUGAAAAAAGUUUUGGGGGGAAGUAAAAUGUGAAAACUGUUUUUGUGAAGUGAUCAGAAUAAAGUUUA